AUGGGACCUCCAAACGACGAGCUCGUCACCAAAACAAGCGGACUGCAAAGUCAACUCGGCGCAGAUGGAAACCCCAUCGUCCAUCCCGUCGAAGUCGACGCGACCAACGGUCACGUCAACCCUCCGCCGCCACCGGUUCCUGACGUAGAAGCUCCCGUCACGACCGCCGCGUUAACCGCCGCCAUGCAAAGUUUUGCUGCUCAAAUUGCCGAGAUGCAAGCUCAGCAGCAAAAGUACAACGACAAGAUCGACUCCCUCCACGUCACCAGCGACGGACGAGUCAGCCCGACGGGACGAACCCUCUUCCAACACCGACAAGAAGCACCACCGCGACUGGUUCUAAUGCCGCGACGAAUGGUGAGAAAGACACCGACCCGGAAGUGGCCAAGCUGCGCCGCGACCUCGACGCAAUCAGCUCCAAAGUGCACGACGCCAUCAGCUCGGCACCCGAGAUUGCCAAAGUCCUCGCCGAGACGAAAAGAGUCCUUUCACUCGUCGCAUCGCCGCGAUACCUCUAAAGGAUCAAACGGCUCUCCGUCUUCAGUUCUACAACAAUGGUGA